GAGCAUGAUAUUGGCAGCAGCUGUGCUUACAUGAUGAUCAUUUUUAGGCUAUAUAUUUUUGUCUGAUCAGUAAUGCAUUUUCAUUUCCAAAUAAGAUGUGCUUCUAGGUGCAUUUCCCUUCUUUUAGAGUUAAUAGGCUAUAUGAGCCCUAUUUGCUCGAAUGUUUUGCAAAGUAUCUGUCGCUGCGUUUGUUUAUCGACAAGAGCAUUCAGGCUUCUAUUCUUUCUUUUGAUCGGAAUUUUGCCAAAUGAUGAUCAAAGGUGUUUAGCGAUAAAAGGAGAGGAAAUAUGAGGCCAACCCAGAGGGCAAGGCGCGUGUGAGAGGGUUGAGUUUCACGAGUCACGGAAGUAUUAAUUGAAGCCAAGAGUUCACCGAUCAGUCAAGUAAAGCACUACUUUUCGUAGGCAGCGAGUCCUGAGCUUCUGAGAUCAUGCGCGUUUGUUGUCACGCUGUCUGGCCAGUGCGUCUUUGGCUCCGCACCUCUUUCAAUCAGCGCAUCUUUGCUCUCUGGGAGCAGUUAGCCUACGCUCUCUGCUCCGAUCACCGGGGCAGCUUCGAGGAUUUUAGUUGUAACUUCGACCUUUAAGAUGGAGGAUUUGAAAACUUCGGACCGUUUUUUCCACAAGUCCUCAUUCAGCAUCAGCAGCCUGUUGUGGAGACGAGAGGGAGUGAUAGGUAACCCGGAGGCUCCUUCUCCGUCCCAGAAGCUGCGCUCCGCACAUCCAGAGAUAUCUAGUCAAGAAGAAAACUUUGUCAAUGAAAAGAACUGCGAACACCCAAAACAGUGCACUAAAGCAGAAACCAAACCGGUGACUGCAAGUGGAAAACGAGAAGGAAAUAAGGGAGACUCAAAGAAAAGCGGGGGAGCAGAAGAGAGUAUUAAACCUGAGAAACCUCCUUUCAGUUAUAACGCGCUCAUCAUGAUGGCGAUCCGCCAGAGCCCAGAACGACGUCUCACACUCAACGGAAUCUAUGAGUUUAUAAUGAACAACUUUCCAUACUACCGACAGAACAGACAAGGUUGGCAAAAUUCAAUCAGGCACAACUUGAGUCUGAACAAGUGUUUCGUUAAAGUGCCGCGCCACUAUGAUGACCCGGGUAAAGGCAACUACUGGAUGCUGGACCCCUGCAGUGAGGAUGUGUUUAUAGGUGGCACAUCAGGGAAACUCCGGCGCAGGGCCACAGCUGGCUCCAGGACCAAGCUUGCACUAAAAAAGGGAGGAGGUCGUCUGAUGUCCUCCAGCAGGGCAACCAGUGUCACCUUGGCCGCAGCGGGUCCAUUUUACUGGCCGGUUCCGCCGUUUCUGCCUCUCCAGUCACCAGUGCGCACCCACCUUGGCGCAGGGACUUAUCUGAGUGCUCACCACCGCUUCCCCAACCACGCCACAUCGCUUGUUUCACAGCGGUCCCGGCUGAGUGCAACAAGUUCUGCAGACGCCGACCGGUUCGUGCAGACGCACCAGGAGAUGUCUUACAUUGGAGUCAGCUGCGCGCAAUCCCGUCACCAUCAGAUUGGCGCUGCCUGCACCGCUUUCUCCACAUCCAUCCCCGCAUGCACCCUGCCGCUGUCUGACCCGUGCUCUUUUAACAUGAUCUCUGGACAAGCCAGCUACUUUUACUCUCACCAAAUACCAUGUACCGCAACGUUUACUCCACGUCAAGAGGAGUGCGCCCCGUCUAAGACGUCUCCGGGACAAUUCUUAUCCAAGACCGUUCACUCAGACCUUGGGGGAUGUUGUAAUGACAUUCCAAAUUAUUGCCCUCAAGCCAGUUCAAGCCCUCCUACUUCUUGGAAUAUAGAUAAAUAGGGUAACAGUCAUAGUAGGCCUACCCAAUAUCUAAGCUUUAAAAUAUUCCUGUUUAAUUUAGACGUAGAUGUAAAAAGCCAGAGCGUCCUAACGAGAACCCGCAAAACUGGAAUUUCUUGAGUUUAUUAAAGCCUGGUCAAUUAAAACUACCCGCAAUAUUGUCCUACCUAUAUUUCUUUGUGUUACAGCGAAGUAGGUCUAUAUCUAAAUUGAAAUGGAAAACGUUUUGCAGUAGAGUUGUGUCAUUUAAUAAUUUCCAAAAAAGAAAAACUGCUGAUGAAUAAACAACAUGCAGUGUCUCACAUACAUUCAAAUUUAAGCAAACGGGUUUUUUUUCACCAUAUCCAAAAAUAUGCAAAAAUAUAUGCACGAGUUAACCUAUUUUAAAACACGUCAGUGUAUCAGAGACGUAGCCUACGUUGUUUUAAAUUGAUAUAGCUACCUGGUCUGCAUCUGUUAACUGAAACUAUAUUCCUGUUUUAGAAACGGUCUCCACUUAUUGAACUUCUAUGAAUUAUUUCAGUAUAGAAACCGAAGUGAUGUUUGCGCGCAUGUCGCUGUUUUGGGCCUGAUGCCAUCAUCUGAAAUGAUCCUACUGCAAAAUGACUAAGAAUGAAAUAAAUGAAAAUGAAAAUAUGAAUCUCUCUUAAGUUAUUCGUUUGCCUGCAUGUUGACCAUAACCUUUUAACGCUAUGUAGCCUAGUUGAAGUUGUGAUAUGAUAAGAGUAGGCUUAUAGGCGAGAAGAACACGUUCAACUAACUUAAUUUUAAAAUGUAAUGAAAUAAUUUUUGGUCCAAGGAGGUGAAAUCGUUUUGAAGUAUAGAAACAUGUAAGCCAAUAUGGAAGGAAAAAAAAACAUAAACGAUAAUUAAACUGCUCUUUUGCUGCAUUUAUUGUCUUCUACUUAGUUAAUGUUGCAACUAAAUAAUAUUACAUUAGACUAUUUUAAUUAGC